AUGGCCGCCUCUCCGUCGAGCAGCAACCUGUACGUUCUGGACCAGCCGCAAGUGCUGACGUCCUACAGCAUCGUCCCCACCGCCACCGCCGGCAACGCUGGGGUCCAGAACGGCAGUGCGACCCCGACAGUCGUCGCCUACUCGCCCGUCGUCGCCUCGUCCUAUGCCAUGCCGGUGGUCACGCCAGACUUUGCCUCCUCGCCCUCGCCUUCUGCGACCGUGACGACCGCCGACGUCAAUGCCUACUCGAACUCGCACCUCUCGAGCCAGAGCGACCAGACCUCGUAUCUUCGCGGGGACACGACCACCAGCGGCGCCUCGCUCAUCUGGACCUCGACCUUGCUGGGCUCGCGCGACUUUGACCAGAUGAUCAAGCCGGACCCGGGCGCAUGGCAGCUCGAGUUCCUCCCGCCCAACUUCCCCUUCCGCCCGCUCGACCGCUUCUACAACACCACGGCCGAAAACACGCUGCUCGAGUUUAUCUUCUUCGGCCACCGCGUCAGCGUCCUCGACCUCAAGGGCCCGAACCGUGGCAAGUACAAGAUCUACCUCGACGGCAACGUGACCGUCGUCGACGCCUACUCUGCCGAGUCGCAGCCAGACGCCUAUACCCAGGGCCGCGUCAACUCGACCCUGCCGCCGCCCAUCUGGACCAGCGGCAACCUCACGUCGGACCUGCACUCGCUCGGCAUCGAGACCGUACACGACGACCGCCAGCCGGCGCCGCAGCUGCACUUCUACGGCGCCUUGAUCAACCCCGACAACUACAACGACACCCAGUCCUUUUCCACCGUCGACCCCAAUACGGGCAACACUGGCGGCAACGGCGCGCACUCGGCAGGGAGAUGGCGCAAGGUCCUCAUCGUCGCCUUGCCUGUCCUCUUGUGCGUCUGCCUCAUCGGUGGCUGGCUGUGGUGGCGUCGCAGGGCACAGCGGCGCAGGCGGCGCCAAGGCCGCACCACGCAGUUCUCGUACGCCCACAGCAACCGCAGCAUGGAUUCGUACACGAGCUACUCGGCCCCGCAGAUUGUCGGCGGCGCGCCGCACAUGGCGGGCGGGCCCGAAAUGGUGUCGUACACGCGCGACAUUGUCAGCUUCGCCCGCGAGCACCACGCCCAGUCGCAGCGCGCCGCCUCGCUUCGGCGCGAAGGCGGCGGCGGCGGCGGUGGCGGCUCGGGCGACCUCUCCCCGACGACGUCGACGCUGUCGUCAGACGAGCGCAACAGCGACAUGCCCUACGGCACCUACACCACCGCGACGUCGGCGGCGCCCCUCCUGUCGCGUUCGGCCUCGCAGCGUUCCGCGACGGCGGCCGCGCUACCGCGCCGCAGCCCCUCGCUCCGGUCGCUCGGCCAUCAGCCAUCGGCGUCGGCCUCGCUGCGGCACAGGCACACGCAUUCGAGCCUCAAGGGCCGCCUCGGCUCGUCCUCGACGCCCCACUACCGGCCUCACCACGACGGCGCCUCGUCGCCGCUCCUCUACUCGCGCGACGGCAGCGCACACGGCGACGAGGACCCCUUUGCCGACCCGUCCGACGCGGCCACCAUGUUUGGCUCGACGGCGACGGCAACGACAGCGCAGCUGCCACCGCCGCCGCCGACAAUCACCAUCCGCGCGCCGAUGCCCCGCCCGCCAGGCCAGGUGCGCACGCGCACGACGGAGCCCACCAUGUCGGAGCUGGUGCAGUCGGCCGUGGCGAGCGAGCAGCAGGCCCUGCUCCACGCCUCGAACCAGGCCGUGCCCAGCCGCGUCGUCGUCCAGGAGCAGGACGCCGGCAGCAUCCACAUCGACAGCGACGACGAGUGGGACGCCGACCCGGGCACCGUGCUGCCCCCGCCCUACGAGCCGCGCGGCAUGGGCCGCGACUAUUGA